CUUCUAACCGAUUGCCGACGGUUCAAACAAAGUGCUGCCCGGAAUGACUAAGAUGACAGACAAUACUUUUGUCGAGAAGGAUGCUUCUUCGGGCGUUGAGCCCUCAAUUGAGCACGUAACCAAGGUCCCCGAAAAUAACGAUGUGAUCCCCGAAUACCAUGGGUUCGCCACGGAUAUCGAGCAUGUGCCAAGGGGCUAUUUCACAAGCAAGUACUUCCUGGGCACCUACACCGCGCAUGUCUUCACCUUUCUUGGCGGUCUGGCAGGCUUCAACUUGAUUGCUCCUAUCCUUGGUCAGAUUGAUGCCGACAUUGGACCCAGCGACAAUAUCAACUGGGUUGCUCUUGUCUUUACGCUUGGACUCGCUCUCGGCAUUGGACUCAUGGGCCGCGUCACUGAUAUCUUCGGCCGACGUUGGUUCAUGAUCAUCGGGAACCUUCUCGGGGUCAUUGGGGCCGUUGUUUGCUCGAGGGCUCAGACUGUGAACACUCUAAUUGCCGGAGAGACUUUGAUCGGCUUUGGUUCCAGCGCGGCCGAGAUUGUCCCAAUGAAGUACCGGUUUUGGGCGCUGGGAGGUCUUUUCUUUUUCACGCUACCAACAAACGGCUUCAACACCAUCAUUGCCACCUCUUUUAUCGUCCACACCAAGCAAGGCUGGAGGUGGUGCUACUACCUCACCCUGAUCCUGGAUGCCAUCGCCACAGUGCUCUACUUCACCUUCUACCAUCCUCCCAGCUUCGAGAUGAAGCACAACAAUGCUUCCAGGAAGCGAGUAAUCAAGGAAUUCGACUUUGUGGGAGCAUUUGGUUUGCUGGCCGGCGUGACGCUAUUGCUGAUUGGACUUAACUGGGGUGGCAGUCUCUAUGCCUGGAACGACGCCCAUGUUAUCGCUACAAUGGUGGUCGGCGGCGUCAUCAUUCUCGCCCUUCCUGUGUGGACCAUCUUUGGGAAAGUCAAGGACCCCUUUAUUCCCAAACGCCUGUUCAACAGGGGCUGGACCGUUUCCAUGCUUUCAUCAUCAGUUGGGGCGACCGUCUACUACAGCUUCUCCAUCAUCUGGCCUUCGAUGGUCAGCACUGUUUUUGCCCAGGGAGACCUGGUUUGGGCAGGCUGGGCAUCCUGCUUGGUCUCUAUGGGCAUAGCGCUUGGAGAAGUGAUUGGCAAUGCACUGACCCUGACCGUCACCAAGCAAAAGUAUCAAUGCAUAACAGCUAUGACAGAAACCUGUGCGACUGUCGGGGUCGAUGACAAGGGCAAGGCCAUGGCUUUUGUUUUCAUUUCCUGUCUUUUCAUUGGAUGGAACGAGGCCGUGGUCGCGACGUUGGUUGGUGUCUGCAUCCACGACCAGCACGACAUAGGAGUUGCCGCCGGCUUGUCCGGCUGCAUUCGCUCGCUCCUCGGCUCUGUCUCCGCUGCAAUCUAUCUGGCUGUCCUCAGAAGUCGACUGGCGCAUACAAUCCCGGCCGAAGUUGUCCCUGCGGUCGUGGGAGCUGGUCUUCCCAAGAGCUCUGUCGCGGCUUUCAUCGAAGCUCUCGAACUUGGUUCCACUGCUGCUUUCUCGAAAGUCCCUGGCGUUGAUUCGGCGAUCAUCGCCGCUGGAUCCCGAGCAUACCGAGUUGCCAACAUGGAUGCUUAUCGAACAGUUUUUCUUUCCAGUCUUGCCUUCGGGGGAGCAUGUAUCAUCCUCAACAUCUUGAUCCCCAAUGUCGACGAACUCAUGAGCGGUGACAUUGCUGUUACACUCCACGCAACGAAGCAAGAAGAUGAUGAAGCACUCCCAGGUGUUGGUGACAAUGCGUUGCACGCUCGCCGUCAACAUUAGACGGGCCCCCAAUGGGGAGAAGGGACACAAGCAGAUAAGCAUCAUAAGGUCCGGUUUGAAGAGUUGUUACCCUACCUGCUUACAACUUUUGAGACAUCACCGAACCAGGUACUUACAAACUAUAUAGUGUCCUCGAGAUCAUCGCUUUCAAGGAUGUAUCUUCGGAAGUAUUCUUCUGCUAGCAGGAUCAGAAAGGCACCGUCAAAU